GGUAUGAAGUCUGCACGCUCUCGCUCAAUAGCGGCCCUGCGUAUUCGAUAUAUAGGUAAGCCCACCCACCAUUCUCCAGAUGCUAUGUGCUCGUAGACCUAUUGCAGUUGUAUGUGAAGUCGACGUCUUUCCGUGCUGAUCGCUGAGAGGGUAUUACCAGUGAUGAUGGGCGCGCGGGCUGCGUCGCUGUUGUCGGACGGCAUGGUGUUGGUGCUCACAGCCGUGAAGACGUUUUGGAUCAAGAAGCACACGUCGAUCUCGAGGGGAACGAUGAUCACAGAUAUCAUGCUCAGAGACACGCUGCUAUACUUCGCUUUGCUCUGUGUCGUCAAUGUCAUCGGUCUGGUCACCGGGCACUUGACGACUGACAUCGCCGGCGUUUUGUGUACAUGCGAGUUCAUCGAGGUCUGGCAGCUGUGGUCAUGCAUCCUGAACUCGGUGCUGCUGUCGCGUUUGACGUUGGAUCUGAGGGGCGCGGCUCCGGGGUUGGAUUCGUCGAUGACGACCGCUACGCGGAGCGGCUCCGUGCGGCCGGAUGGGGAUACGCAAGAGUCGGAGGCCAUCGAGUUGGACACGGAGGUGUCGGCGAUGUGGAUGGGUUCCCGCUCUGCUACGGGUGUCGGUGGCUUGGAGACUGCAGAUGCACCUCAAAAUGCGGGGAGCCCGUAACGGCCGGAUGCUCCUUCUCGCGCAGAUUGUGUAUAGUAAUACUCCGACAGUCGCUAUUGACUGUUGUCAGGCUUGAAUCUGUCUGCAGAUCGGCUUCUCACGCGCACCCACAUAAGUAUGUAUGAUACUUUUCAUGACUCGUUGUCCCAGAACGUCUUUCUCGUACUGCAUGUACUUAUAGUACCGGGCCUGGGCGCCCUACCCUGCAUCGAAUCUCUACCGCUCGACGCUCUCCCAGGCUCUCGCUCGUACGCCCGC